AGAUACACCCAUAGAUACACACAUCACAGUCCUGCAAGAAUGAAAGUUAAGAUAGAUAGAAGAAGAACAAAUAAGCACUUUCAUGAAUAAUCGAUUAUCAAUCCCGUUCUUCUUCUUCUUCUUCUUGUAACUGAUUCUCACUUCUAUAAUUGAGAAUUAGUUUAAUUAAUUAUUAUUAUUAUUAUCAUGCGCACUCUCUCAUUACCAUCACCAUGUCUAUCGUCUUCUUCUUCUUGUUCUUCUCUUCACAUCAGCAAUUCCAAUUCCACGUUCAAUAAUCGCUUAUUCGCUUUUCCAAUUUCUUCUUCUCUCUUUCUAACACCGCAUUGUUCUCUCAAACAAACCAAAAAACAACCUACUAAGAUCAGUAACACUACUCCGUCUCGGUUAAAGCGAUUGUUUAACUCCAAAGGGGAAGAUGAUAGGAAUGGUGGCGAGAAGAAUCGAAGAAGGGAAUCUAAUAAACGGGAGAAGGAUGAGGAGGAGGAGGAGGAUGGUGGGACUGCUUUGAAGGGGACAAUUUUGGCCGGUGUUUUGCUUGUUGGGUUUGUUGGGGGCUUUGCUUCUGUUGGUUAUUUUUACAGAGAACCUAUCAACUCUUUCUUGACUCAGUUCUCUGGCUUCAUUGAAGGUUAUGGUUCAGCUGGAUAUGCAUUAUUUGUAGCUGUUUAUGCUGGAUUGGAGAUCCUUGCAAUUCCUGCCAUUCCCUUAACCAUGUCAGCUGGACUUCUUUUUGGAUCUGUUACUGGCACUAUCAUAGUCUCUAUAAGUGGAACAGUGGCGGCUAGUAUUGCUUUUCUAAUUGCAAGAUAUUUUGCUCGUGAGCGUAUUCUAAAACUAGUGGAAGGAAACAAGAAGUUUCUUGCUAUUGACAAAGCAAUCGGAGAAAAUGGCUUCAAGGUUGUGACCCUGCUUCGUUUGAGUCCGUUGCUGCCAUUUUCUUUGGGGAAUUAUUUAUAUGGAUUGACAUCUGUUAAGUUUCUUCCGUAUGUAUUGGGAAGUUGGUUGGGGAUGCUCCCAGGAACAUGGGCUUAUGUUAGUGCAGGUGCUUUUGGAAGAGCAAUAAUUCAAGAAGAAUCUGAACUUAGUUCACUUGGAGGAAACAAUCAGCUACUCACCCUUGGGCUUGGACUAUUCGUCACCGCAUUAGCUGCUACAUAUGUCACGAAACUUGCAAAGGAUGCUGUCAAAGACAUUGACGACUAGACCCGGUAGAGGGUAGAGAGUAGAGGCAACCGACGAGCAUUUGCGAACGAGGGCAGGUCCAUAUGACUGGAUUGGAUUGGGGAACUGAUAUCUGAGUAAAUAAAUAUAAAGAAUGGUAGAUGAAAGAGAACCAAUAAAAAUGGUAGACCCAACAUGCCCCUUGUAAAUUACAAUAUUCUUAUUGAUGAGAAUUUGGUAGGAUCAUUUUGUUCCUUUUGCAUAGCUUCCUUAAAUUGAAACAAUGUUGCAAUUCAAGUGUUAGUGGUGGUUAGUCUCAUGUUGUUAGAAAUAAUGGAAUUCAACAAAUCAAGUACACAAAAAUGGGCAAGGAAAGUAUGAGAAAACUGUCAGUACUCAUGUAUUAAAUUUCUCAAUAUAAAUUGUUUUUAAUUUA